CUUCACAAAUCUAAAUCUCAAAAAAGCACCAAUUUUUAUUCUCUUUCUUCCUCAUUUCACUCUCUAACAAAGCCAAAGCCAAACAUGGGUUCUGUUUCACUGAAACUUGGAGAUGGAACAGCAAGAUUCAAGCGUUCAACACUCUGUUCAUCUGCUGUCAACAUUCUCAUGCUUUUUUCUGUUCUCGCCACCAAUCUUUUCGCUUUAUACGUGUUCACUUACUCACCAAAACACCACACAAUCACCCCAUUUCACCACAAGAACAUCACUUUAAUCUCCCAACAUGUCUCUUUAAUCAUAAAACAAAUCGAUUCAUCUCAAAAAAAGCUUGCUCGAAUUGAAAACCAACUCCUUGGUUACCAAACACUUAAUGUUUCAAGACCCAACCUUGCAAAUGAACUCAAAUUGUUCUUACAACACCACCAGCUUCCAUUAGGGAAAGAUUCAAGGACAGGGAUAACUGAAAUGGUGGCUUCAGUAGGACAUUCAUGUGAGAAAUCAGCCGAUUUGUUGUCUCAAUACAUGACAUACAAGGUUUCUGGUCCUUGUCCUGAUGAUUGGAGUCUUGCACAGAAGCUAAUUUUAAGAGGGUGUGAACCAUUACCAAGAAGAAGAUGCUUUGCCAAGACCGUUCCAAAGGUAGGCCUUUCAACUUGGUCUGGUCUUGGUUGUAAGAACAUCAAAUGUUUGAAUAAAAAACCGAAUGGUUUUGCCUUUGAUAGACAAAAAUAUGUUAAAGCUACAAGCAAGAAUGAUUUCCUUAUUGAUGAUGUGUUAGCUAUGGGGAAUAAUGGGAUUAGAAUAGGUUUUGAUAUUGGAAAAGGGUCUAAAACAGGCACUUUUGCUGCUUUAAUGGCUGAAAAAAAUGUGACAAUAAUCACCAAUACACUCAAUGUUGAUGCACCAUAUAGUGAUUUCAUUGCUGCAAGAGGUCUUUUCCCUUUGUUUUUUAGUUUGGACCAUAGGUUUCCUUUCUAUGACAAUGUGUUUGAUUUGAUCCAUGUUACAAGUGGUUUAGAUGUUGGAACCAAACCAGAGAAACUGGAGUUCUUGAUGUUUGAUACAGACAGGAUCUUGAGAGUUGGUGGUUUGUUUUGGUUAGACAAUAUUCAUUGUGGUGAUGAUGAAAAAAAGAGGACUUUGACUCGUUUGACAGAAAAGUUUGGGUAUAAGAAGCUGAAAUGGGUUGUGGGACAGAAAAUGGAUGGUGCUGUUGGGUCUGGAAAACAUGAAGUUUAACUUUCUGCUGUUUUACAAAAGCCAAUGAGAAUCUAAUUGAGGUAAGAAUAUAUAAAAUAUAUAUACAGAAUUUUUGGGGUUUUUUGUUUUUUGGUCUUAAAUAUAUGAAAUUUAUUCUAUAAAUUGGAAUAAAAUGCCUGAAAUUGUUGCCUUUUAUGUAAUCUAAAGCCUUUUUUUUUUGGUGC